GAGAGAGAGAGAGGGAAGGAAGGAGGCAGAAGAGAUCCAGAUCCAGACACAGCAGUAGCUAGCUGUUCGUGGCAGAACAGACUCAGGCUCCCUUCCCAGGCAGCACAUAGAGACUGCCUCCUUCUCCUCCGCUAAGAGGCAGGAACCUCAACCAGAACAGGGGCAGCAGCAGCCAGCCGCAGCUCUAAGCUCCUACCUCUUUCCCUCUUUCCCUCCUUGUCAGUUCCUCCCCCUCUUCUGCUCUCAGCCCACAGCUAUUUCCUUCUUCCAACCUCUUUAAGAUCUCUGGCUUCUUUUCCGUUCUCACCUCUCUCUCCCAUUUCCCCUCCCACCCGCAUCCCACCUUUUCUCGCCUUUCCUUCCAUCCCCCUCUCCUCCUUUUCUUUCUUUCUUUCUUUUUUUUUAUUGCUGCUUUCGUCCUGUCUCGAGAUAAGUGCUGUCUUCCCUAAUCCUCUAGCAUUUCAGCCCUAAAAACUGAGAAAGGAGUUGCUAUUUUUCCCUAGUGACAUUAUUAUUAUUAUUAUUAUCUUUAUCAUUUUUUAUUUCCAAAAGUGCAAGACAAGGAGAGAAUCCGGGAUCUAAGCGGCAGCCUUAAGUGCAAGUCUAGUACCAUAAUAGUUACUGUUAUUGCUCUUUUUUAUUACUCAUUUCCUCUAAGAGGGAGAGAGGAAGAAGAAAACUUCAACUAUCUCCUCUGGUCAGUGAUUACUAUUGCUUUGGAGGAAGUGAAAGCCCCAAGGAGAAGCGGACCGAGAAAGAAGAAGAGAAAGACGACCUGCGUUUUCCUUCAUCUCCCGCAGCAGCAGCAGCAGCAGCAGCAGAAGGACAAACAGAGCAGCGCGCGAGAGCAGCUGCGGAGAUAGGCGAGAGGAUGAGGGGCUCUGAGCCCCGGGCUGCGGGGAGGCGGCGGCGGCGUCUCCACAGCGGCUGCAGUGUGGCUGGCCGCGGCAGUGGGAGUUGCAACUCCUUUUCGGCCACAGUGUCUUUGGCCGGGUGCUGCUCUGCUCCCCGGCGAGCUCCACUUUGGACUUGUCUCCUGCUCUGCGCCGCACUCCGGACCCUCCUAGCCAGCCCGAGCAAUGAAGUGAAUUUGCUAGACUCACGCACAGUAAUGGGGGAUCUGGGAUGGAUUGCUUACCCAAAAAAUGGGUGGGAAGAGAUUGGAGAAGUUGAUGAGAAUUAUGCCCCAAUACACACCUAUCAAGUAUGCAAAGUUAUGGAACAAAGCCAGAAUAACUGGCUUCUGACCAGUUGGAUCUCCAAUGAAGGUGCUUCCAGAAUAUUCAUAGAACUCAAGUUUACUCUGAGGGACUGUAAUAGCCUUCCAGGAGGACUUGGGACAUGCAAGGAGACUUUUAAUAUGUAUUACUUUGAAUCUGAUGAUGAGGAUGGGCGUAAUAUCAAAGAAAACCAAUAUAUCAAGAUCGAUACAAUUGCUGCAGAUGAAAGUUUUACUGAACUGGACCUUGGUGACCGAGUCAUGAAACUUAAUACAGAAGUCAGAGAUGUUGGGCCCCUGACCAAAAAGGGAUUUUAUCUUGCUUUCCAAGAUGUGGGUGCCUGCAUUGCUCUAGUAUCAGUGCGUGUGUACUACAAGAAAUGUCCUUCUGUGGUUCGAAAUUUGGCAGUGUUUCCAGACACAAUCACUGGAGCAGAUUCUUCUCAAUUGCUAGAAGUGUCAGGCUCCUGUGUCAACCACUCUGUGACUGACGAAGCACCCAAGAUGCAUUGCAGUGCUGAAGGAGAAUGGUUGGUUCCAAUUGGGAAAUGCAUGUGCAAAGCAGGGUAUGAGGAGAAAAAUGGCACCUGUCAAGUGUGCAAACCUGGAUUCUUCAAAGCCUCACCUCAGAGCCAGAGCUGCAGCAAGUGUCCACCUCACAGUUAUACCCAUGAAGAAGCUUCGACCUCUUGUCUCUGUGAAAAGGACUAUUUCAGGAGGGAGUCUGACCCACCUACAAUGGCAUGUACAAGACCCCCCUCAGCUCCUCGGAAUGCCAUCUCAAAUGUUAACGAAACUAGUGUCUUUCUGGAAUGGAUUCCUCCUGCUGACACUGGUGGAAGGAAAGAUGUGUCAUAUUAUAUUGCAUGCAAGAAGUGCAACUCCCAUGCAGGUGUGUGUGAGGAGUGUGGCGGUCAUGUCAGGUACCUCCCCCGUCAAAUCGGCCUGAAAAACACCUCUGUCAUGAUGGUGGAUCUCCUCGCUCACACAAACUAUACCUUUGAGAUUGAGGCAGUGAAUGGAGUAUCCGACUUGAGCCCAGGAACCCGGCAGUAUGUGUCUGUAAAUGUAACCACAAAUCAAGCAGCACCUUCUCCAGUUACUAAUGUGAAAAAAGGAAAGAUUGCAAAAAAUAGCAUCUCUUUGUCUUGGCAAGAGCCAGAUCGUCCCAACGGAAUUAUCCUGGAGUAUGAAAUCAAAUAUUUUGAAAAGGAUCAAGAGACCAGCUACACAAUUAUCAAAUCUAAAGAGACAGCUAUUACUGCAGAUGGUUUGAAACCGGCUUCAGUAUAUGUCUUCCAAAUCAGAGCGCGCACAGCAGCAGGCUAUGGUGUCUUCAGUCGAAGAUUUGAGUUUGAAACCAUCCCAGUGUCAGUAGCAGCCUCUAGUGAUCAAAGCCAGAUUCCUAUAAUUGCUAUAUCUGUUACAGUGGGAGUCAUUUUGCUGGCUGUGGUUAUUGGUUUCCUCCUCAGUGGAAGUUGCUGUGAAUGUGGCUGUGACAGGGCUUCUUCCCUGUGCGCUGUUGCCCAUCCAAGCCUAAUAUGGAGGUGUGGCUACAGCAAAGCAAAACAAGACCCAGAAGAGGAAAAAAUGCAUUUUCAUAAUGGGCACAUUAAACUGCCAGGAGUAAGAACUUAUAUUGAUCCACAUACCUAUGAAGACCCUAAUCAGGCUGUCCAUGAAUUUGCCAAAGAGAUAGAAGCUUCAUGCAUUACCAUUGAAAGAGUUAUUGGAGCAGGUGAAUUUGGUGAAGUCUGCAGUGGACGUCUAAAAUUACCAGGAAAAAGAGAAUUUCCUGUGGCUAUCAAAACCCUUAAAGUGGGUUAUACUGAGAAACAACGGAGGGAUUUCCUCGGGGAAGCAAGUAUCAUGGGGCAGUUUGAUCAUCCCAACAUUAUCCAUUUGGAAGGCGUUGUGACCAAAAGUAAGCCAGUAAUGAUAGUGACAGAAUAUAUGGAGAAUGGCUCUUUAGAUACAUUUUUAAAGAAAAAUGAUGGACAAUUUACUGUAAUUCAGCUAGUAGGAAUGCUGAGGGGAAUUGCCUCUGGAAUGAAGUACCUUUCUGAUAUGGGCUAUGUACAUAGGGAUCUUGCAGCCAGAAACAUCUUAAUCAACAGUAACCUGGUAUGCAAAGUGUCUGAUUUUGGACUUUCCAGAGUACUAGAAGAUGACCCUGAAGCAGCAUAUACUACACGGGGAGGAAAAAUCCCAAUCAGAUGGACUGCACCUGAAGCCAUUGCUUUCCGCAAGUUCACUUCUGCCAGUGAUGUUUGGAGUUAUGGAAUCGUGAUGUGGGAAGUGGUUUCCUAUGGUGAGAGACCAUACUGGGAAAUGACCAAUCAGGAUGUAAUCAAAGCUGUUGAAGAAGGAUACCGUCUGCCAAGUCCCAUGGACUGUCCUGCUGCUCUGUACCAGUUAAUGCUGGAUUGCUGGCAGAAAGACCGAAACAGCAGACCCAAGUUUGAUGAAAUUGUCAGCAUGUUGGACAAGCUCAUUCGUAACCCAAGCAGCUUGAAGACACUGGUUAAUGCAUCAAGCAGAGUAUCAAACUUGUUGGCAGAACAUGGUCCACUAGGAACUGGGGCCUACAGAUCAGUGGGCGAAUGGCUGGAAGCGAUCAAAAUGGGACGGUAUACAGAGAUUUUCAUGGAAAAUGGAUACAGUUCAAUGGAUGCUGUGGCUCAGGUGACCUUGGAGGAUUUGAGACGACUGGGAGUGACUCUUGUCGGUCACCAGAAGAAGAUAAUGAACAGCCUUCAAGAAAUGAAGGUCCAGCUGGUAAAUGGGAUGGUGCCAUUAUAACUCUGUUUUGACGUCACUUCCUGAAGUGAUUAAUUCUGCACUUUGUAAACUAGCCGUGAGAUUUAUUUUGACAAAAAAGAACAGAAAAAAAAAGAAACUGAUUCCAUAAGCUAAGGCAAGCAAGGACCUUAGCCACAAAAUUUGUAACCAGUAUUUGAUGAAAAUAUCCUUUACUUUCUUUUGUCUUUAUUUUUCAUGAAGUAAAAAUACAACAUGCAUUAAACAAGGAAAUGGUUAUACCAUGGUUCGUUUAACCAUUUUCUUAUGCUUCUGCAAAAACAAAGUCCUUCCCACAACACUUUGUACAUGGAAUACAAAAAUAUAUAUAAAGCACCUUUAUAUCCUGACUUAUGGCAGCACAUGUUAAUACUUCCAAUGACUUACUUGAAUGGAAACGGUUUUGUGGCCAUUUGUGGGCUAACAAAAGCUGCAGUUUAUUGAAGUUUACUUCAAGUCUUAAUUGUCUACAAAAGUGUAUUGAAGAGCAAUAUGAUUAGAUUUUUUCUUAAUAGAUAUCUUGUUUUAUAAAUUUAAAUGCUGUUACACAGCAUUAAGUUAUGAAGACUAGUGUAUAAACAUAUUGCUUGAUUAAUGCAAAUACAAUACAGGGUGUAUAUUUAUUUUUCUGUGUUAUAAAAUUGGGUUUAGUUUGCUCUUCUGGAGAUUAUUACUGAAAAUGUCUGUAUAUUAUGUACAGUUUGCUACAUACCCAGAUAUACAUUUGGGUUGGGGGUGGGGGUCCUAAUGGGGAUUCUGUGUAUGCUAUACUCUGCUUGUAUUUUUGCCAUUGUUUUGAAUCUAGCAGCAUAGAAGAACAAGUUUUAGGCAUUUAGAAUGCAUAUAAGAAAAGCAAGAGUACAACUAAAAAUGAAACAAGUUUGUCUUUUUAUCCCCUCUCUCCACAUGUCCAAAUGGCAUUAAAUCUCUCUAUCCACUAACAGAAAAUGUCUAUAAGAUUAAAUUCCCUUUGGCUUUUUAAAAAACACUUUGUGAUAUCUGUGACAAUGCAGUUCUUCUAGCCAUUAAUCUUGCUCCACCAUAAGAAAUUUCACCUUUUGGAAUCACUGAAAAUAUCUUGUCAGGAAAAGUUGACACCAAAGGGCACAUUGUCAGUGGGAUGUAGAGGGAUUUAACUGUGUGAGUUCCUAUUAAUAUUGUUAAAUCCAUGGGCACAGCUCUAAGCAUUUACCCCUAAGUGUUAAUCCUUUGUAAGCAGUGCCAUUGUGGCUCUGCCACGUAAUUUUGAUAUAAAAGCAGCACUGGGACAGCAACUAGCAUAUAUUUUGCCCCAGGAUUCCCUUUGACCUAUGUCUUCCAAAAAUUGUAUUUGCAGAUAAUUGGUUAUUUAUAUCAUAACUGCAGCUCUCAUUCUGUUAUGCGAUAAUGAUGCUUUGGGGAAUAGAGUUCUGUAGCAGUUGUAUACAUGAAAAUACUUAAUUUUCUUUAAAAUAUUCAGUGUUAUUUCAAAGACAAGAAGAAAAUGUCAAAUGUAUAAAUCCAGGAAACCACAUCUGGUGAUGAUUGGCAAAAGCAGAUCCAAAAUAAUGUAAGAUAGUCCAAAAAAGCUGUGGGAGUGUGAUCAUGCAAACUGGUUUACCUAAAAGCUUAUACAUUUUAUGUUAUUGAUUUGUGGCUGAUCAUAAUAAAUUACAUUACUAGGAGUAAUCUAUACAUGAAAGGAGAGCAGAAAAGAGCUGGGAUACAAUCAACUCUAGAUUCAUUGUAAAUGAAACUAGACUAGCUUGAAUAAGUGACACCCAGAGAGAAUAUAAGGCCCUCACUUCUAUAGAAUAUUUGGUUUCUUUCCCAAUUUGGAUACCAGGGAAAAAAUAGAAAUAUUUAGUGGUCUUUUUUUUUCUUUCCACACUACUACUUAUGUGACAUGGCCAUUUGGCAGGAGGAAAAAAGAGGAAAACUAUAGGGCCUAAAUCAUUUGCAAAUGGUUAACAAUACAUUUAAUGAUAAAGAGUGAACUGUAUAAUUUUUCUAUAUAAACUGUGGCUCCAUUUAUGUUCCUGGAUAUUCAAGGAAACUAUUAUAAAUUUCACUGUAUUAUUCCUCACCCCCCCUGGAAAUAAUGUUAAUAAAACUAUUGUUUUAGUUUACCCAUUUUGAUUGAGGAAAUGGAAUUUGGACAAUCUAAUUUUUAAACAUAAUUGGAAUUCUGAUUUUGUUGGAUUUGUUUAAAACAGAAUCUGAGUGAAGAAAGUAGCAAUUGAGACAAUUCUAAUCUCUGUUAAAAAUAUCUGAUCAUUUUAUGUUAUUUAAUAUAAUCUCCUGAAUGUAAGACAGCCACACAAGUACUUUGGAUCCAGAGAGUAAUUUGCAAAAUGAAGUUGAGACUUAACUUUGUUGAUUAAAAGAAAAUUGCCAAGGUGAAGGAAAGGGGAUGGGAACCUAAUGGGUGCCAAGAAUUACAAUGUUAAAUUAUACAUGCAUAUGUAUACAUAUACAUAUAUGCACGACAUAUGUGUUCGUGCGUAUACACACAUACAUACAAUCAGCUAAAAUAUUUAAUACUUGUAUAUUCUUGACAUGGAUUUGAACUUGUUUUUAGAUGAGGGAGUCUUUAUGAAUGUUUUAAAAUGUCCACAUAAACACCAAGCUCAUCCUGACAUACCAACUUUGUAUAGGGUUUCUAAAAAUUGUCACUUUGGCUGGAAAGAAGAAAGGGAGGUUUUCAUCAUAAAUCAGAUGUAGUCAUGAAAGUAAGAACAAAUGCCUUGCUAAUGCAUUUGUUCACCCCUGGAUAUAGCACCAAUUGGAAAGGUGCCAAACUCAUCUAUAAAUGUGAGAAAUGGAGAAGAGAAAAGAGUGGGAUGGACAGCUUUCAUGAAAUGCAGUGAGGCAGGAAGACCAGGAGAAGGUUUGACAAAUCUUGAUGGUGUGAUUCCUCAGCAUAUUGUUUCAUUUGGUCAGCCACCAGGCUAUCACAAAGAAAACUGAGACAUAAUAGUUUUAGCGCAUAAAGGAGAUUUGUCAAAUAAUAAAUAACAUUAUUAGAGCUAUCAGUAGAAAUAUCUUCUGGGUAUUUGUAUCUUCCCAACUGCUGGACAUUGUAAAGGAGUCACCAUGGGGAGGAGACAACAGCUCACCAAUAUCUGUUGAAGUCUCACCAUUACUACUUUUAUCAAUCAGAGCUUGAUUUUGGCUUCUGCCUUUGGCUCAAAUGUACUACGACAUAUCUUAAUUGCUCUUUUUUGAAUGGUAAAAUAUGUCAUUGUGUAUACAAAAUGUAAGAGUUUGGGUUGUUUUUUGUUUCUGUUUCUGUAAAUUACCUUGUCCUGGCUUACUGUACAUUGAAAUCAAAUAUGUAUCUAUAUAAUAAUUUUCUGGAAGUUAGACAAUGCUGUGGAAAUUUCAUUUCCAUUAGAAUUUUAAAACAUAGGGUGGGCCAGCCUUAAUAACUGUAGCUAUUGGAAAGAAUAAACUAUUAGACAAAAGAAAGCAUCCUUACUGCCCUUAAAUCCAUGUAAAGAAAUUGGACAAUGCUUCUGAAUAUAGCAACAUUAAAAAGAAACACUCAGUUUUAUUUGAUCACUUAUAUAGCUAUUAGUCUAUGAUACAUCUUAAUCUGAGAGAAAACAAUGUCAAAAGACACAUAAUAAUUUCACCCAUGGAAGUGUGACUUAAAAAGCAGAGGAUGAGAAAAUUUGCCUUUGGAAGGCAUUUUUGGACAUAUCCUAAUUUAGUGUAUAGAAAGCAAGAAUAAAUAAGUUUCAUAUCAGGUAGUAGUCAUUUGCUGGGUAAUUGUAUUAUAUAGUUAAUUGAGCUCAUUUAUUCAUACUAAAGAGAAAAAAAAGGGAAAAUUAAGCACCAUACUUAGCAGUCUUUUGUGUCAUCUUUGGUAGAUGCCUAAUCUAAAACCAAAAUGAAUUCAUGUACAGUAAGAUAAUGAUGAUGUAAAAUAAUCAGAAUUAAAAUGUUAGCUUUCUUAUAGUUUAUAACUGGAUAAGUGAAAGUCAUGUGUUUUCUUUUCAAUUGUUUUGGGUUUUUGGGGCCCAACUCUCCAGUUCAGGUGGAUUACAUUGUCCAAUACAUUUUGCUGCUAUGGUAAUGUGUCAAAGCAUUUGGUAGAUAAUCAAAUUAUUUUUCAUAUCAUAUUUAUUCAUCUAUAAAAGAGAACCACUCUUUAAAAAUGACUAGUGUAAGGUUCUUGUUCAGGACAACUUCUACUUAUUGCUUUCAGAAGACAUCACUUAACAUAAAAGGGCUGAUUGACAACCAUCAAAUGUAAAAUUUAUUUAAUCCCUCUAAAUAUUACAAGAUAGAAAACUAAGGUGACAGGCAAAUUAGUAUUGAUUCAGUGUUGAAUAUAUAUAUGUGUAUAUAUAUACACAUAUAUAAUACAUGCAUACAU